AUGGUGGUGUCAGGAGUGAUGAAGGGCACUGAGCACAGGGGCUUUGGCCACAGCCCGUGGCUAGGGAGGGAGACUGAGGCAGCAGCUCGGGGGACGAGGCUGCAGUGGUGGUGGUGGCUGGAAGAUGUCGGCGAGGACGAGCAAACCAUGGCUGAGGACCUGGUCAUGACCAAGUAUAAGAAGGGCGACAUCACCACCCAGGUACUUCGGUCUUUGGUGGAAGCAUCCUGCUCAGGUGUGUCGGUACUGAGCUUGUGUGAGAAAGGUGAUGCCAUGAUUACGGAAGAGACGGGGAAAAUUUUCAAGAAAGAAAAAGAAAUGAAGAAAGGUACUGCCUUUCCCACCAGCAUUUCAGUAAAUAACUGUGUAUAUCACUUCUCCCCUUUGAAGAGUGACCAGGACUAUAUUCUCAAGGAAGGUGACUUGGUAAAAAUCGACCUUGGGGUCCAUGUGGAUGGCUUCAUCACUAAUGUGGCUCACACUUUUGUGGCUGAUGUCACUCAGGGGACCCAAGUAACAGGGAGGAAAGGAGACGUCAUUAAGCCAGCUCACCUUUGUGCUGAAGCUGCCCUACUCCUGGUCAAAUCUGGAAACCAGAUCACACAAGUGACAGAAGCCUGGAACAAAGUUACCCACUCAUUUAAUUGCACGCCGAUGGAAGGUAUGCUGUCACACCAAUUGAAGCAGCAUGUCAUUGAUGGAGAGGAGACCAUUAUCCAGAAUCCCACAGACCAGCAGAAGAAGGACCAUGAGAACGCUGGAUUUGAGGUACAUGAAGUACAUGCUGUGGAUGUUCUUGUCAGCUCAGGAGUGGGCAAGGCCAAAGAUGCAGGACAGAGAACCACCAUUUACAAACGAGAGCCUUCUAAACAGUAUGGCCUGAAAAUAAAAACUUCACGUGCCUUCUUCAGUGAGGUCGACAGGCAUUUUGUUGCCACGCCAUUUACUUUAAGAGCAUUUGAAGAUGAGAAGAAGGCCCGGAUGGGUGUGGUGGAGUGCGCCAAACAUGAACGGCUACAACCAUUUAAUGUUCUCUAUGAGGAGGGAGCCCAGUUCAAAUGGACAGUUCUGCUUAUGCCCAAUGGCCCCAGGCGGAUAACCAGUGUUCCCUUUGAGCCUGACCUUUACAAGUCUGAGAUGGAAGUCCAGGAUGCAGAGCUAAAGGCCCUCCUCCAGAGUUCUGCUAGCGGGAAAACCCAGAAAAAGCGGGGGAAAAAGAAGGUUUCCAAGACCGCAGAGAAUGCCACCAGUGGGAAAACAUUAGAAGAGAAUGAAGCUGGGGACAGGGGGGGGUCCCAUCUCCCCAGCUUGCUGCUCCUGCCUCAUCCCCUUCCCACCUCACCCCAGGCUCUGUGA